AUGCGCAUGAUGAUCAUGAGCUGGUCAAUGUGCUUUCAUGAAGUUCUCGACCCGGAAAUGCUUAAUACUUCACUCUCAGAGCUACUCACCGUCGGGAACUGGCGGAAGCUUGGCGGUAGACCGCGGCUGGCGGAGGACGGAAAACUCGAGCUUCACAUACCCGAGGCUUUCAGCCCCUCUCGUCCAGCAGUCCACUUCACGACUGAGCCCAGCUCCUCAAGUGUGAUGUCCCACCCUUUGGCCUCAACGAUCCCCUCGCUCUUCUCUCAUUCCACCCAUGUCCUGUCAAGACCUCGCAUCCUCAACACUCCGUCGACACUGACCCCCAUGCUCGCGGGACCCGAGGCUCCGACGACGUUUUCCGACUACACCACUACGGAUCGACCGCUGCUGUCACUACACGUGAUAACCUUCAACGACGCAGCGUUUGUGACAAUUACGUACCCCCACAGCGUCACAGACGGGAUGGGGCGCAAGGAGCUUGUCGAAAACUGGUGCCGCGUCCUAGCGGGCAGAAAGGAAGACGUCAAACCCCUGGCAGACCCGACUUUCGACCCCAUGGCGAGAAUCGCACAAUCAGAGAAGCAACGAUACAACGAGACGUUCCUUUGGGAGCACAAGCGAUUGCGAGGCUGGGGAAAGCUGCGCUUCACCUUAAAUCUCCUGUGGUACCUCCUCACGAACCGCAUCCGCCAAAGGAACCUAUUCAUCCCGGCCGCGACCCUCCGGACCCUCCGCCAGAGUGCCGAAGCCGACACCUCUCAGUCACCCGAGGCAGCGACCCGCCUGAGUGACAGCGACAUUCUCACGGCCUGGCUCGUCCGCUUAGCCUGCUCGCAUAUCACCAGGUCCUCCCCUGCGAAGCCGAUCGCGGUAUCCACCGCUCUCGACCUCCGCGGCCGCCUGCACGAGGAGGACAUGCCCGCCGACGUGGGCCUACGUCUCCAACCUCGUGGCGUACAACUGGACAAGCACGACGGCUCUGGGCUCACGGACGCCCAGAUCUACGCCUCAACGAAGCUGACGUACAACGCCGUCGCGGAAAGCGGGAGCACGAACCAGUUCACAGAGCCGAACGGCUUCGUCGUUUCCGUGUCGAAUGUUUCCAAGGCGAGGUUUCAUGAGGUCAUUGACUUCAGCCCUGCUAUCGUCAAGACGGAAGGGGGAGGUGCGGAGGAGAGGAUGACGCCGAGGGGCAGGAUCGUCUGGCAGUGCAAUACCCCCCGGGUGCGGAUGCACCCGCCCUGUCUAGUUUACAUCCAGGGGAAAGAUCAUGCUGGCAAUUACCUGGCGCAGAUGCUUGUCGCCGAGAAGACAUGGCGGGUCAUUGAGGAGACGAUUAGCAAGAUGUGA